AUUCACAUAAACACAUUUCCCUAAGGAACAGUCAUAGACCUACGACUCAAAAGCAACUGAAAAAUUACUUAAAAACUAAAGGGAGAGGAAAGUUUUGUGUUUCGAGUUUUUUGUUUGGAACUUUUCUGUGUUUGCAAAUUCUUUCUUUUUCCCCGCAAUUGUUGCACUCGAUGUAAAUCCGGAUCUGCCAGCCGAAAAAUGUUUGACACCACAUUGGGAACGGUUUUGGGUCUGAUUGUGCAGUUGAUUUCCCUGAUAGUUGGUCAGGUCUUGGGACAAAUGAUUCAGCAUCCCCUAAUGACCACGGGAUUGUGCCUAUUGGCUGGGAUAAUCUACCACGCGGAUCAGGAGUCGCUCAAGGAGGCCUACCAACGCAUGACCCUUUGGAUGAGAUUGCCCCUGCGAUUUGGAGGCAUCUUCAGCUCAUACUCGAAGUAUCCUGCCUUGGGAUAUGGAUACGAUAUGGACCAUGGUCCGCACACCUGGAUGGAAAAAUCGGGAAUCGAAGAGGAAACCUGCUUCCAGAGUCCAGUGAACAUCGAUGAGAACCAAAUCCAGCGUUUGGCCAUUAGGGAGUUGCUCAACUGGAACCACUACGAUGAUCUUCCCGCCAGCAUCCAGCUGGAGAACACGGGCCAAACGCUGGUGCUCCGCGCCCAGUUCCAUGGAAAUGCCCCGACAAUCAGUGGAGCAGAUCUGCUGGCCAGCUACACGUUCCUGGAGCUGAGAUUCCACUGGGGCUGGUGCAAUAGCGAGGGAUCCGAGCACACUAUCAAUCACAGGAAGUUCCCUCUGGAGAUGCAGGUGAUGCACCGUGCGGGAUCUGGAGUCCCGAGGCAAUGCACCAGUAGCUAUGACCUUUUAAUGAUCGGGUAUGUCUUUGAGCUGUCCGCCCACAAUCCGUUCCUGGAUCCGCUGGUGCAGAACUUGCGAUUGGUGCAAAAGCCAGGAAAGCGCGUCCAGAUUCCUCCAUUUCCGCUUUCCUAUCUGAUGUAUCCAUUCCGAACCGGAUUUUACUCGUACGGCGGAUCGCUGACCCAUCCUCCGUGCUACCAGGGCACCGAGUGGUUCAUCUUCCCCGAAUCGCUGGCCAUCAGUGACUUUCAGCUGCGUCACUUCCGCUUGCUCCUCGGUCCGGACGGGAUUUCUCCCAUAACCCGUAACUGCAGGCCAGUGCAGCACAUGGGCAACCGGGUGGUGAACCUCAAUUGCUUCUGUCCGUACGAUGCCGCCCAGUUGGCCCGCAUCCAUGUGGAGCUCUGCCAGCAGCAGGCUCAGGAGGAGCAGGAGGAGGAGCGUCUGGAGCAGGAGCAGCGACUGCAGAUGGAGCGGCAGCGGGAACUGGAGAUGCAGAGACAGAGGGAGCGGGAAAGAGAACGCGAAGCGGCAGCCAUCGCAGCCUCCGAGGAUGAGGGCCAGUUGGUGGAGACCAUCGAUACCACUACCAUUAUAACUAGUAGCAGCAACACCAGCAUCUGCAUGACCACCUUAAUGCGCAAGGACUCCCCGAGGGAGCAGGAGCAGCCACCCAUGAUCGACCCCUCAGCCUCGCACUCGCCCAGUCAGAGUUCCCUUCGCAAUCCUGGCCUUGUGAUCUUCAACAGCUCCCCCGAGUCCAAGUCAUUGGGUGGAAAGAUAGGCCUCCAGCUGGAUGCGCCGGAGGAGUUGAUGGUCCCGGAAAACCGAGGAGUGGGAAUGGGGAUGGGAAUGACUGCCCAAAAUGGCUGCAAGGCCGAUGCCGUUUGCGGCAUGGGCGAUGGCGUUAAUAUUGGGACACUCGGAUUCUGGUCCAAGCUGCACGCCGAAUUGGAGGGGAAGCAUGUUGGAGAGCAUGGAGCACCGGUCAAGGCCAACUGGGGGCCAACUGCUGCUCUCCGAGUGCCGGGAACCAAUUGAAUCGCGUGCGCGUGGAUUAAACAAGUUGCGUUUAUAUUUUCUGAAGCAUAA